CGGCUCGGGGCUCCGCCCCCUCCGCCCCCCGCGGCCUCGCGGCGUCGCCGGAGGAAGAGGAGGAGGAAGAGGAGGAGGAAGAGGAAGAGCUGCGCCACAGGCGGGGGCGGAUGGGAACGCCCCCCCGCAGGAUGGCGGAGGGCUGGGCCGAGUGCCCGGCGCUGGGCCCGGGAUGGCAGCGCCGCGAAGCUUUUCGGAAAUCCGGGGCCACCAGCGGUCGCAGCGACACCUACUACAGGAGCCCCACAGGGCAGAAGUUCCGCAGUAAGAUCGAGCUGCGGCGGUUCCUGGGUCCUGGGCACGACCUGAGCAACUUCGACUUCAAAUCAGGGCUGGAACGGCCCAGCCCCACACGGACCAAGAAGGGUCCCAAAUGGCUCCUGCCCGCUGGGCCCCUCCCAGAGCCCCCCAGAAUCUUCAAAAAGGAGGAGGAGGAGGAGGAGGUGGUGGUGGGCGGGGCUGAGACAGAGAAGGCCCCGCCCCUACCGCAGGAUGCUCCACCCUCAUCGGUUCAAGCCCUGCCCAUCCCCAUCCAGGCCCCGCCUUCUCCCAUCCAGUCCCCGCCCCCUCCUGUCCCGAUCCCACCUCUGGUCGUUCAGGCCCCGCCUCCUCCAGUGGAGGCCACGCCCCCACCGGAGCCCCCCCCGCGCAGGACCAGGAAGCGGCCGCCCCUGGAGCCCCCCCAGGACGGGGUGGUGGCGCUUUGUGCCAGCUGCCAGACUCUCUUCCCCGGGGUGUCCCUGCCCCCCCAGCGCCGCUGCCGCUGGCUCUGCCCUGACUGCCGUGCCCAGAGACGAGACUUCAACCGGGAGCAGCGAUUCUACAAGCGGGUGGGCUGUGGCACGUGCCAGGCCUGUCGCAUCCCCGAGGACUGCGGGAUCUGCAGCGCCUGCGCCCGCAACCCCCCCGGGGGCCCCUCUGGCCCUGGCCGGACCCCCAAGUGCCUCCUGCGUCGCUGCCUGCGCAUCGUCAAGAAGGGCCUGGGCUGCGGUUCCUGCUCGGGCUGCCUGAGCACCGAGGACUGCGGCAGCUGCUGCAUCUGCCUGCGGCGCCUGCAGCCCGGCCUCAAGCGCCAGUGGCGCUGCCUGCGGCGCCGCUGCCUGCGCCCCAAGAAAGCCAGAGUGGCCAAGAAGACUCAGAGCCCCCUGCCCCUGACAGAGAAGUGGAAGCCCCCCGUGGAGCGGGAGCCCAGCGACGCAUCUGGCACCAGGCACAGAGUGAGUGGGGCACACCUGAGCACACCUGGAACGCCCAGCCCCCCCUCACUGACCCCUCCCUCCCAGAAAACGCUGACCAAGGGCAAGGAGAAGAAGAAGCCGGGACGACCCCCGAAACCCCCCGGGGCCCGCGGGCGGGGGGUGAGGAUCCGGGCCAGCCGGCGCUGCGGGGUGUGCGCAGCUUGCCGGCGUCCGGCCGACUGCGGCCGCUGCGACUUCUGCCGGGACAAGCCCAAGUUCGGGGGGCAGAACCUCAAGCGCCAGAAGUGCCGCUGGAGGCAGUGCCUGCGCUGUGCCAUGGACAAGGAGGAGCUGCUGGGGGGGGCUGAGAACGGCCCCGGGUCCCUCCAGGGCCCCCCCCUGCGCCUCUGCCCCAUCAAGGAGGAGGCAGGACCCCUCCCCCGCCUCGAGGACCCCCGUCUGGGGCUCCUCAUCGCCUCAGCCCCCCGCCUCAAAGGGGCCCCCCCGGAGCCCAGCGUCGCCCCCCAAAGGCCCCCCUCAGGGGAUUUGGGGGUCCUGAUUGCUGCCACCCCCCGCGUGAAGCAGGAGCAGCCGCAGCCCAGCGCGUCCCUGGUGCCGGUGCCUCCCCGGCCCCCCCCUGCCCAGCUGGUGGUGCUGGAUGAGAGCGAGGAGGAGGAGGAGGAAGAGGAGGAGGAGGAGGGAGGCAGCCAAGUGCCCUUCCCGCUGCCCCCCGCUCCCCAGCUCUGGCCCGGCUCCUUCCUGGAGGAACUGGCCGAGAUUCCCCUCCCGGCUCACUGGGGGGUUGUGGGGGCUGACGGUGGCCCCGGGCCGUGCCCUGCUCGGGGGCUGCGGCUCGUUCAGCGCUGUCCCCGCUCCUCCAUGGCCGCGGCCGCCGUGCUGCUCAACCCGGGCUUGGCUUUUCGGGUUUUGGUUGCCCGCGGCCGCCCGGUGCCCCCCGGGCACGAGGUGCUGGCCCGGCGUCCUCCCCUGCGCUCCGUCCUGGACCUCGUGGAGCUGCUCUGUGAUCUCGAGGCCUACGGGCCCUGCCCGGGACCCCCGGGACCCCCGGCCCGGCCCCCGGCCCCCCGGUGCCAUGUCCUGGUGAGGGGGGGGCGAUGCUGCCAGCCCUGCCAGCUGCUGGCGGGGGAGGGGCAUUGA